UUCCGGAAGUGAAAGGACCGAUGGUGUCCGGAGCGGUGCGGGAAUCUGUCGGUAGCAUUCGUGUCCAGCGGCGCGUCUCUGCUCCACAAAAUGGACACGUUGAAUAAACUCAAGCAGUUCGACGCGUACCCCAAAACCCUGGAGGAUUUCCGGGUGAAGACGUGGGGAGGCGCGACCGUGACCAUCAUCAGCGGCAUCAUCAUGUUGAUCCUGUUUGUCUCCGAGCUGCAGUACUACCUCACCAAAGAGAUUCACCCUGAGCUGUACGUCGACACGUCACGAGGAGACAAACUCAAAAUCAACAUUGACGUCGUCUUCCCACACAUGCCCUGCGCCUAUCUCAGUAUAGAUGCGAUGGACGUAGCUGGCGAGCAGCAAUUGGACGUUGAACACAAUCUGUUCAAACAGCGGCUGGAUAACGAUCUCAAGGCUGUCACCACCGAGGCAGAUAGACAUGAACUAGGUAAGGCUGACGAUGGGGAAGUGUUUGACCCCAGCACACUGGACCCUAACAGAUGUGAGAGCUGUUACGGAGCCGAGACCGAAGACCUCAAAUGCUGUAACACCUGUGAUGACGUGCGGGAGGCCUACAGGCGGCGAGGCUGGGCUUUUAAAAAUGCUGACACCAUCGAGCAGUGUAAGAGGGAGGGCUUCACUCAGAAGAUGCAGGAGCAGAAGAACGAAGGCUGCCAGGUUUAUGGCUUCCUGGAGGUCAACAAGGUGGCAGGAAAUUUCCACUUUGCUCCAGGAAAGAGUUUCCAGCAGUCGCACGUCCACGUGCACGCUGUGGAAAUACACGACCUGCAGAGUUUCGGCUUAGACAACAUAAACAUGACCCAUCUGAUCAAACACCUGUCGUUUGGUAAAGACUACCCCGGCAUCGUCAACCCUCUGGACGAGACCGACGUCACAGCACCACAAGCGUCGAUGAUGUACCAGUACUUUGUGAAAAUCGUUCCUACGAUCUACGUGAAAACGGACGGAGAAGUGGUGAAAACAAACCAGUUCUCCGUCACCAGACAUGAAAAAGUGGCCAACGGGUUGAUAGGAGACCAGGGGCUGCCGGGCGUCUUUGUUUUGUAUGAGCUGUCGCCCAUGAUGGUUAAAUUCACAGAGAAACACAGAUCCUUCACACACUUCCUAACAGGAGUUUGUGCCAUCAUCGGGGGGGUUUUCACAGUGGCCGGUCUGAUCGACUCGCUCAUCUACCACUCGGCUCGGGUCAUCCAGAAGAAAAUAGAGCUGGGCAAAGCGUCUUAACAGCGCCCCCCCCGCUGGCCUCCACGGUGCAACACAGACCAAGACACGGAUACAGAGACAGAAGGAAGAAGAGGAGGAAGAGGAGGAGGAGGAGGUGAAGAGGGAGACGUUUGGAAACAGGAGAGAGUGGUUGGGUUUCCCUCCAUCUCCCUCUUCUGUCAGACUGAGAGAGAGAGCGAGAGACAUUGAGGUCGGCCAAGUUUCCUCCGUCUCUUUUCUCUCUGGAAAAAGCGCUGGGGAGGGUUUGAGGGCCUCUGUGAAUUUUCUCCUCUCCGCCAUUUAAGUGGAUGCCAACAGGACAGAGUGAGAAUCAGACGUGGACACGAGACUUUGUGAAGAGAGACGAGGACGCCACAUGAAUUCAGACCCCGUCUCCAGAAGCCUCCUUGUGGAAAAGGGGGGGAAGGGUCCGUCCCUCCAUCCUGUCAACGUCCUGUCAGCGGUCAACUGUCGGAUCAAUACACUGAAUGUUGGAGAGCAGGUCUGUGGCUGAGAACUUUUAAAGGAGAACGUCACCCAAAACCUUUUAGUUUCCUUAUCAGCUAAACUGUUGGGACAGAUUACGUGAUCACAAAAUGAUUGUUUUUUUGUCAUACAUUGUGUUGUAAUAAUUCUUAUUAUAUAUUGUGUAUUUUUUUUCUUAUUGUCAACAAAUUCUACCGACAGACUGAAACCAGCAUUGGCUCAAAUCGUCACAUCUGCACAAAUCAAAAGAUGUUUUUACCAUAGACUGUUUAUAAAGACUGGUUUUUACCCAGUCGGAGUUCAUGUGUCGGAGCGAGAGAAAGAGGUGCAGAGAGAAGAUGAAUGAAUCAAUGAGCUGUGUGCAAAUUUACUAUGAAAUAAGAAUUUUUAAACGUUGAAGCUGAAGUUACGAUGUGUUGGUCGGUGUCGAUAUUGUCAACACGGAGACGGAUCAGAUCUCAGACCUGAUCCACUGAGGACGGAGGAUAAAACCAGGUCUGUGUUUCUAAACUGUGACGGUGCCAUAGAGCUCCAUUAUUGUUAAAAACAUAUCAAGGAGCCCCAGUGUUAAAACGAGGGACAUGUUCCUUUUAUUAUCAUGAAGACACAACAUUCUGCUGCUAGAGGAACUCACUAGAGCGACAGAGGUGUUUUAAUCUGUUGCAGCAAAUCGUCCACGACUGUAUCCUCUCUCGUUUUAGUGACACUUCAGGAAAUCACUGAGUUUUGAAAAUUCAUCUUUGGGUUUUUGGUCUUUUCAGUGGAUUUGUUGACAAUAAUAAAAAUAAAGAAGCCAGACUCAUAAGUUUUUUCACACUCGCUCUUUAUAUCCGUUCUUUAGACGAGUCACUUGUUUCGGUAAAUGUUUAAAACACUGUUACCAGGUCAUCACAUUCCAGUCCCUCGUAAAAAAAAAAAAGAGCCGUGUUUAAAGCUGAGGAGCAUCUGAAAAGUUGAUAAGUUCAAAGUUUGUCAAACAAGCAGAUCCUGAAUCUGUUGUUAAACUGAAUCUGUGAAGUGAAGUUUCUUUAGUUCUGUUCCUCGUGAAUGUGAUUAAAAAUAAUAAUCAUGUGCUCGAGGCCUCAAGGUGAGAAAAAAAACACUUUGGGUGAAACUGAUUUUUGAUUUAAAGCCACUAUGUGUAGGAUUUGUAUGUAAUUAAACAAUCUGAUGACAUCAAUUUGUAAAAAAUAUAUAUAUAAAUAUCAAUCUGAUUGGAGGUUGUGUUGUUUUCCACUUGUUCAUCUCUGUGUCCUCUGGUCAGAUCUGGGUUCAUUCGUUUAUCUUAUAAUCAAAAUUAUUUCCAUUUUAUCUUCUCCAAUGUUUCACUGUGAAUGUUUGUAUUCCCACCUGCAGAGAGACAGCAGCGGAAUUGUUGAAAUGACAAAAAAAUUGUAAUUAUUUAAAGAUUUUGAGCCAUUUAAAAAAAAUGUAUUUUA